AUGUUUUCUCAAACACUUGUGUUAGUGGCCCUUGCCUGUAUGGUGAGGGCAACUCCUGUGCCUGAACAGGUACAUUUAUCGUUUAGAGGAGAUUUUAGCAAUAUGGCAGUUAGUUGGAUUACUUUUGAAGAUGAUACAACAGUUGUUAGCUAUGGUGAAAGUUCGAACAAUUUGAACAAAGUCGCAAAAGGCACUCAGGAGGUUUGGGAGUUCGAAGGUAUUACGCGAUAUGUUCACCGUGCACUGAUGACGAAUCUGAAAGAAUCCACCCGAUACUACUACCAAAUUAAGAAUCGAAGCUUCAAUUUCAAGACUUUAGCUGCCAAUCCUCAAUCGCACAAGGUUUGCAUCUUCGGAGAUUUAGGUUUCUAUCACGGCAACUCCACGCAAAGUAUAAUUCAAAAUGGUUUGAACGGCAAAUUCGAUUUUGUAAUUCACGUCGGUGAUAUAUCUUAUGAUUUACAUACGAAUAAAGGACAGAACGGUGACAACUACAUGAAUCAAUUAGAACCAUUAAUAUCAACAAUGCCUUAUAUGGUAAUUGCUGGAAAUCAUGAAGAUGAUGGAAAAAACUUUUCUCAUUAUCAAAAACGUUUCUGGAUGCCCGAUAACGGUUAUCAGGAUAAUCAGUUUUACAGUUUUCAAAUCGGUCCAGUUCAGUAUGUUGGAGUAAGUACGGAAAAUUAUGGCUCGUUUAAUUAUUACGGAAUGGAACCUGUUCUUACUCAAUACAGUUGGCUUCAAAAUGAAUUUCAGAAUGCGAACAAGAACAGAGAAAACACCCCUUGGCUUAUAAUUUUUCAACAUAGGCCUUUCUAUUGUAGUAAUGAUAACUCAGCAGAAUGCAAAAGUUUUGAAAACAGACUGGUACGCGAAGGAUGGUUGGAUAUGCCAGGGCUGGAGGGUCUGUUCUUACAAAGCGGUGUCGAUCUUGGUUUCUAUGGGCAUGAGCAUGCCUAUGAGCGUAACUGGCCUAUAGCCAAUAAAGAAUACUGGGCUGGAGAUCAAUAUCUGCAUAAUUCGCCGGCUCCAAUAUAUGUUUUAACUGGAAGUGCUGGUUGUCACACCCCCAAUGCUACAUUUGGAAAUCCAUGGCCAUGGAGUGCAGCAAGAAAUAAUGAUUAUGGCUGGUCAAUAAUGACUGUUGCUAAUAACACUCAUAUUCAUGUUGAGCAGGUAUCCAUUGAUAAACAUGAAGCUGUAGUUGACGAAUUUUGGACAAGCAAAGAUAAAGAUCAUGUUCAUAAUGAAAAAAUGAGACGAACAAUCGGCGGAUCGGCGAAAAUGCCAAGUAUGCUAUGUCCAGUCAAUAGCCCAGCUUGCCGUCGAACACUCAUGCAAAUCAAUACAGAACUUUGA